AUGCUUCAGCAGCGCGCCCGCCGCCUUGGGCGCAGCGUCCUCUUCCUGCCUGGUAUCAAUGCUCGAGCGCUGGAGAAGCUGCGCGUCCUGCCCUGCGACGCAGCGAUCCUCGACCUCGAAGACGCCGUCGCGCCGCUCAAGAAGGCCGAAGCCCGAGCCCUAGUGUGCGCCGCGGCCACGCGCGGGUACGGUCCGUACAAGGAGGUCGCGAUCCGCAUUAACCCGCUCGCGAGCGAGUGGGGCCACGCGGACCUCGAACAUGCCGUGCGCACGGGC